CAUUACAUCACUAACAGCUUCAUCAGCCACAGCCCCCUCUACGCCCAGAUAUCAUACUUUUGUCACGUAUACCUACCUCGCUCCUUGCCCCUCAAUCCUCUCAUCCGCUGUGUCUUUCUCUCUUUUGCUUCUACCAGAACAUUCAGAAUGGGACUCUUCAAACACAAGGACAAGACGAAGCCGGAUGCAUUGAAUCUCCAGGCCCAGUCGCAGGCGAUCAACAACAACAACAAUAACUCCGCAACAGCUCCCUCGGACGGUCUCGCGACUCCACGGCCUCAGCACAUGAACAACUCUCAAAACAAUAGCUAUAACGACUCAACGUACUAUUCCAGCAGCAAUGUUUCAACAGCAGAUUCUAAAGCAAGCCAAUUUCCUGCCCAGCGACCUCAACAACCGCCAGGAACUACUGUUACAACUACGACCACUACCACGACGACAACGACAACAGUCUCAUCAGAUGGAACAACACAAACUUAUUCCCACCCAUACAAUCCAACUACAGACCCUCCCCCAGAAGUCUCUGAGACGAAAAUCGACCAGAAUCUUCCCGCAAAUGCCGGUGUAAAACCAGGCAUUUCACAGCCGAUUCCUCAAAACUCAAACCAAACUUCAAAUUCAAGCAAUCCUAUCCGAUCAGAUAACACACCAAACAAAAUGCCAACUAUCCAAAGUCAGGGGAGACCAAACCCUACGAUCCAGCAAACUGCUCCAACGCCAGGCACCUCAAAUCAAAACUCGUUCUUUCAAGCGCCAGCGCGAAAACCCACACCCAAACAACCGGGAGUACAGCAGUCACAGUAUGCUCCACCAGAUGGACCGCCUCCUCAACGACCGAUAUUGCAGACAUGGAGCAGUGGGAGCAAUCCUCGUCUAGAUGCUGAGCUGCCUGCUGUUCCCUUGUCUCCAACUACCACUGGAGGGAGACCUAUCCCUCCACGAUCUGAAUUCAGACAUUCGCCUACGAUGCAGCAAGGUAAUAGCCCGUCUUAUAUGCCCGACGGUCCUGCUUCGCCAAUCAUGCCUGAACGAUCUGAGAGGAGACGGUCAAGAGACGGAAUUGUAGCACCGCUGAAUGUCAGUCCUGUACAUCCAAAUCAGAGCCCAAGUCACCCCCCUCCUCAGGUAUCUGGAAGUGGGUACGGCAAUGGCGCUUCCGGAAACAUUAUCCACCAGAGCCAGAACCAGGGACAAAUACCGAACCAGGCGACUGGGGCGUACUAUGCCAAUCAAGCUACUGCAAAUAGAGACACAAAUGAGCCAUUCAGUCCCAUGAGUCCGACAUCAACAGCAGCUGACCCCCCCGGUCGACCUAAGACACCAAACUUUUCUCGACCGGGAGUAUCUGGUGUAGGAACUUCACCAUCUACGGGUCCAGGACCUAUAAGCCCCUCGUCCGGAGUUGCACCAAUGGGUACCACGACCACCAUCUCUGGCGGUCCUGGAGUCACACAGCAGCAACCUGUUGGGAAACGCCAGAGUUUCACUGCAACGCUGAAAGGACUUCACGGCGCAGGCGAAGCGCUGCGAGGAUCUGUCAAUGAGAGAAUCGCGCAUGUGACUCAUGACCAGGCAGAAGAGGAGAGGAUGCGUGCUGUAAGAGAGAAGGGGAUGGGCGAGUGGAGGGGAAGUGGGUUGGAUGCUAGGAGUCAGGGGUUGAGGGAGGGGUUCCGGGAGAAAGCUGAGGGAAGGAUUAGGACGAGAAGGACGAGUAGAGAUGGUGGUGUGCAUGGGAGUGAGGGACCGGGUGGAUUGGAGGCUGUUCACGAGAGAUAGGUCCGGAGAUGGAGAUGGAGGUUAAUGAAUUUGUAUGAGAAAUGAGAGACGUUGUAAUUAUAUACCGCCGUAUACACGAGGAGUACCUGACUUGAUAUCUGGGAUUGUACGUUGGAUCAUGGGUAAACAGUACAUAGACAGGAAAAAUGACAAUAUCUUAAACGUUGAC